AUGGCGGCAGCGCUUGAUCAACCCUUUUUCGAGCCGAUCGCGGGCGGUCCGGCGACCCAUGCGGCUUCAAUCACGCCGCCUCAGAGCGCCAACGGCAAGAAGGAGGCCCCCGAGGGCGUGCCUUCCGAGCUAUCCGAUCUCGAACUGGACCACAAUGUCGCCGGCGCCCAGGAGGAGAUACCCUCGGUGGAGGCAGACGAUGAAGAGAUUGAGCCAGACCACUACUACGGUGGCGGCAAGAUCCCGGUCUUCAAGCCGUUUCGAGACUUUCAGUCGUUCAUCAACAAGGUUGAGGAUUACGGCAUGAGGUCGGGUAUCAUCAAGAUCAUCCCCCCAAAAGAGUGGUCCGAUGCCCUCCCACCCCUCGAUGAAGCCGUGAAGAAAAUUCGUGUGAAGAAUCCGAUCAUGCAGGAGUUCCACGGUUCGCACGGAACGUACACGCAGGCCAACAUCGAAAGACAAAGAUCAUACAACCUGCCCCAGUGGAAAGGCCUGUGUGAAGAAAGCAGUCACCAACCUCCCGCACGUAGAGGGGAACGACGUCGAAACCAAGAGCGAGUGAAUCGCGCCCCUCCCGCGCCCCGGAAUCAGACCCCUCGAGCAGACUCGCAAAAACGUCGUCCAGGCCCGGGCCGCCCGCCCAAACGAUCCAACCAGGUCAAAGUCAAGGAGGAGCCUCAAGCCGAGGAAAGCCUCGACAAAAUCAAGCAGGAAGGACCCCCGACUCCUGUAUCUCCAGAGUCGAACCCGGUUGAGACAAAGACGGAAGAAUUGAGCGACGGCGAAUCCUUGCCCGGCCCCAAACCCAAAGGCCGGCAGCCCAAGUCGGUCACUGCGCGCAGAAAACACAACAAGGGUGGUGAUGCAGUCGACUACGUGGACGAGGAAGCCUUCAAAGACUUCGAUUACCGCAUCCAUGACAGCGAAGAAUAUACAGCAGAGAGAUGCGAGGAACUCGAAACCGCCUAUUGGAAGUCUUUGAUGUUCAACAAUCCGCUAUACGGCGCAGAUAUGCCUGGUUCCCUCUUCGAUGACAACAUCACGACUUCCUGGAACGUCGCCAAGUUACCGAACUUGUUGGAUGUGCUUGGACAGAAAGUACCGGGCGUCAAUACUGCAUAUCUUUACCUGGGUAUGUGGAAAGCUACGUUCGCCUGGCAUCUAGAGGAUGUCGACCUAUACAGUAUCAACUAUAUUCAUUUCGGAGCCCCGAAACAAUGGUACAGCAUCUCUCAGGAGGAUGCUCCACGGUUCGAACAGGCCAUGAAGAGUAUUUGGCAAAGCGACGCCAAGAGCUGCGACCAGUUCCUCCGCCACAAGACCUAUCUUGUCUCGCCCAGUCUCCUAAAAUCGCAAUAUGGCAUCACGGUCAACAGACUCGUGCAUUAUGAGGGCGAAUUCGUCAUCACCUAUCCGUAUGGCUACCAUUCCGGCUACAACCUGGGUUAUAACUGUGCCGAAUCGGUCAACUUCGCAACGGAGAAGUGGCUGGACUACGGUCGAGUGGCCAAGAAGUGCCACUGCGAAGCCGACAGCGUCUGGAUCGAUGUCGACGAGAUCGAACGAAAGCUUCGCGGCGAGGCGACCCCCGAGUACUACGGGGAAUACGACAGCGACCUGGACGCGAUGGAAGGUGCGUCGGAUUUAUUGACGCCGCCACGCAGUGUUCCCGAAAAGACAUCUACUCGAGGGCGUAAACGGAAGCAGGAUGGCGAAUCUACAAAGGCGAAACGCAUGCGGAUGAAUAUGGAAGUCCCCCGCAAAAUCCCCUGCGUCCUGUGUCCCAAUGACCUCGGUUAUGAGGACCUCCUCCCGACCGAAGAUGGUAAGGCACAUGCCCAUCGGCGUUGUGCACUGUAUACGGAGGAGACAACCAUCCUUCGGGACGAAAGUGGUCGGGAGGUGGUUUGCGAUGUGGAUAAAAUCCCUAAAGCACGCAUGGGUCUCAAGUGUCUCUUCUGCCGGGAGGUGCGCGGGGCUUGCUUCCAGUGCAAUUUUGGCAAGUGUACGCGGUCUUACCACGCCACUUGUGCGCUUUUGGCUGGCGUGCAAGUGGAGGAGGGGGUGAUCGCCGUGAUCGCCGACGAUGGGGAACAGUACUCGAUCCCUAGCGUGGAUCUUAAAUGCAAAUACCACCGCCAGAAGAAACCGUCAUGGAUGGGCAACGGCGAUUCGCUCGAUUACGACCGGAAACUGAUGCAGACUGCACGGCGAUUGGUGGCUGGAAACCUGUUGCAGUUCCAGGCGGACAAGGAAAUCAAUGGGGCGGUCGUGCUCGAGAAUCGACCCGAGGAGCGGACGUUGCUAGUUAAGGUGCUCCCUCGAGGGGAUGUAAUCGAAAUACCCUACCGAUGGAUGCUUGUCGUUCGACGGAGCAAUUUCUCACCGCUGGCACCAGGAACCAAGCCUCUUCCUGCCCACUUGGCUCGGAAGCCCGAGAGCCGGAAAGAAUUGGAGUCAGCCGUGCCGGUGGCAGGAAAUCCGUUUGGUGAUGGAGACUCCCCGUAUCAGUGGGCCGAGUUCGAGACGGUGGACAGCACUAGUUACCAUAUUGCCCCACCAUCGGCGCCCAUCGACCUCCUGCAGCCGCAGGGCGAGAAGAUCUGGUAUUACCUGGGCGAAUCCUCUACUGAAUGUAGGGCUCAGUAUACGCACAACCCUACUGUGCCUGUCCACAACCCGCGGGCGAAUUUCCUGGACAGCGUUAAGUCCCUUGGCGCGGUGAUGGCGCGGAUCCCCUCUUACCCCCACCAUCCUCUCCCUGCCACGACUCCGUAUGCCCCUCACUUUGCUGGCGUUCCUCCUCACCACCUCCUGUCGCUUCCCACCGCCUCUACCGUCGCUGCUGCUGCUGCUGCUUCUGCCGCUGCCGCCAACACUACUACGCAUCCCACCACUACCGCUGCCGCUGCUGCCGCUGUCGCUGCUGCUUCCCGCCCUUCAUUGCUGCAGCGUUCUUCUCUUGCCCCUCCACGCCCUACGCUUUCUGCUGCUGCUGCUGCUGCUCCUCCGCCUCCUGCUGCGAUGCCGUCUGCUUACCGUACCCUGCCAACGCAAUCUGCCCGUCAUGCUCCGUACCCGCACGUCACCAAGUCGCAUUUGCAGCCCCAUGCUCGUCAACACUCCCAGGCUCAUUCCACCCAUCAGUUCCCGCCGUCACAAUUAUUACAACAGCAGCAGCAGCAGAACAACAACAACAACCACAAUCACCUCCCUGCGAAUAAUUUUGCUAAUGUUCGAGAGCUGAUUGCUCGCCGUCGCCUGGCGCAGAUCACCGACCAUGCCAACGUCUUCGCCGGUUAUACCAUUGUCAGCCCCGAGCUGGUUGUUGAGACACUGCUGGGUCCGCUGGGCUCCGUCCCGCCGUCCAUGGGCUUGGAGAAGUUGGAACUGGCCAUGGCCCAGCAGCGAGUACAACCUCGAGCCCCGGAUGGCUCUCUCCUCCCGCUGCAGCCCUUGAACAUGCGAUCGGAAGAGGUGACUCGGCUGUUGCAGAUGCUCCGCUUCUCACUGGUGAGUCAUCGGGACCGGCUAGACGUGCUGCAAAAGAAGGAGCCGGCACCCAUCAAGCAAGAGGCGGUGAACGGCAGUGGCUUGGCAAUCUCCAAACUGCCACGCACCUACGCUUAUCUCGAGCAGCAGCGUGAGCAGGCCCCGACCGUGUACCAGUCCCCCUACGACAUGCCAUCCGGCUUUACGGAAUAUGCCCAGAAGACAUUCGGCCUGACUCGCGUUGAGCCUGAACUGCCCCGGCCCUCUCUCGCCAACGACUUCUUUGCCAGCCUUUCUCCUGCCGACCAAGAGAAGAUCCUGAAGACAUGUGGCAGUUUCGUGCAACGGGCCAUCGAACGGUCGGCCAGCCAUAGCCGUCAAAGUUCCGCUUCCAAUCUCCGCCUGGCAUCAGUGCUCGCUCGGCAGACGGAGAAUCCGACCAUUGAUAUCACAACGGUGGAAGAUAUGCAUUUCCCCAACUUGGACCUCCCGUUGCACGCCGACUCGCCCUGCUCGAACUUCAGCCGAUCGCAUCUGCGAUUCCAGUCUCCAAAUGAGUUCGCUCAUCAUGGACCGGAAAAUCAUCAUGAUCAUCAUGAUCUGUUCGGCGACCAACAGGCGAACACGAGGUUCUGGCAACAUGGGCCCUGGGCCGCCGGCGAUGGGAAUACCCCCAAUGAAGAGAGUCGACCCUUCUUUGGCCCCCACGAACGACUGAAGCAUGACUAUGCGUCAUCGGACAUAUCUCUAGGCCGCGGGGGUCCUGGUUCUCUGCACUCAGUCGACAUGGCUGGGUUUGGCAUGGACGGAACGGAAGACAUUGGCGCGGUGCUGAGCCCCUAAUUCAGGUACAGCUUAGCCGUGACCUGACGUAUAUGCCUGCGAUGAUACUUGCAUCCUCAUCUUUCACCCUCAUCAUUAUCAUCAUGUAACGACUUAUCUGGAUUGACGACUGCAUGACUGGGCGUUUGCGAUUCUUUCGAUUGUGCUUUUUCUUCUUUUCUUUUCCCCUGGGACGAGGAUCAUUCACCAUGAAGUCAAUACUAGCUGGCUAGCAGCGACUCAGCUUGGGGCCCCUUUUCGAUCAGGCUUUUGAUCUUCCCCCAUUUUUUUCAUCCUCCGGGGUAUGAAGGGUAGAUGUCUUCUAUCUACCCUCAAGAAGCGAUCAACUGAAGGGCCCAAAUGGCGGUGGGCCAAGGCGUUGUCCCGGUGCCCAUCCGCCCAACGCGGGGCGUCUUGAUGCCCGGACUGGUUCCCUUCCCACCGUUGCUCUAACAGAUCUCGCUUCGACUAUUCUU